CUAUCACCGAACAACUUCCCACCUAAGUCCGUGUCGUUGUAGAUGGAGCGCAAUGCAUCUACUACUAACACCUUGAUUAUCUAUUCUAUACCUAUUUCUUCUUUCUUCAUAUACAUCAUUCGUCCCGUCGCUGUCCGUCAAAGCCUGUGUGAGCUGGCAACACUAAUUCCCAGUAUACAACGACUACAGAGGAGGCUAUUACACCGCACACGAUGCCUCUCACCGUACUCACAGACGAUGAUGUACGCAAAGUACUCAUCUCCUUGACUCGUGAAGAUGUCCAGGAGCUCCAACAAUCGCUCGCAGACGCUCUACACUACUACUCGACUACCACCGACGAAGAAUCAAACGGCUGCUGCGCGUCAAUGCAACCCAUGCGCACCGUCCUGUCACGUAAAAACGGUUUCACAACACUCUUCAUGCCCGCCUCCAGCAAUGACAAUCUCGGCGUCAAGAUCGUCAGCCUCGAAGAGACUGCCCAGUGUGCCCCUAAAUCCGACAGUUCGCCGUCCCUCUCCUCCCUCAGCAUCACUGACCGCAGCUCCACGACCUCGAUCCAAACAUCAAAUUCUUCUUCCUCCUUCACACCACCGACAUCGAUAUCAAGCACACAGUCCACCACCCCUCGGGGCUCGCUGACGCUCAUGGACCGCGCCGGCUUCCCACGCGCCCUUCUCAACGCCGAAGAACUCACUGCCUUCCGCACUGCCCUGGCCUCCACGAUGCUCUUCAAGAAGCGCCACAACGUACACGACAUCACCGUCUUCGGCGCCGGCAAACAAGCCUACUGGCACAUCCGCCUCGCCCUCCUCCUGCGCGGACCCGACAUCCACCACGUCAACAUCAUAAACCGCUCCUUUGAGCGCGCCCACGCCCUCAUCGAGCGCCUCUACCGCCCCGGCCACGAGCCAGCCUCCUUCCCCGAAAUCACAAGCCACAACCAACAAGACACCCCGCUCGCACACCCCAAAUUCAGCAUCCUCACCCCGACCCACACCGAGUACUCGCGCCUGCUGAAGACGUACGUCCGCGGCGCAAGCGUCAUCUUCUGCACCACGCCCAGCACCACCCCUCUGUUCCCACCCGGCUAUCUGACGCACGCCGAGGGCCGCAAAAGGGGCCGCUACAUCGCCGCCGUCGGCAGCUACAAGCCGCACAUGAUCGAGCUGCAUCCCGACAUCCUCAAGCAAGCCGUCGAGCCCGAACACCACCACCGCCACUUCCACAAGCACGCCAAGAGCGGCGGCGCCGUGAUUGUCGACAGCGUCGAGGCCUGCCUGAAGGAGGCCGGCGAGGUCAUCCAGGCUGGGCUGGGCGGGCACGAGGUUGUCGAGAUCGGCGAGCUUGUCAUGCUGAAGAGAGACGCUGUGGCGCGGCGCAGGGAGGCUAGUCAGGGGAGUAAGCAUGGUAGCACGAGUAGUCUGGACAGCGGGGGCGUGGAGCUGAAGAGUCAGCAUAUUCGCUUCAAGGAUGUGAAUGAGGAGCCGACGGGCGAGAUGGAUGAGACGGAGAAGGGGCUGAAGGAGUGGUUGGAUCGCGGGAAUGUGGUGUAUAAGAGUGUUGGGCUGGGCUUGAUGGAUGUGGUUGUGGGGAGCGAGCUGGUCAGACUGGCGGAUGACCGGGGGAUUGGAACGAGAGUGGAGAAUUUCUAAGCUGGUAGCUGCUAUAAUUGGGGUAAUUGAGCAAGACAACAAAUUUCUGGGAUCUAGCCUGGGGAUAUCUUUGACAUGUUCACUGUGGUUAGAAUGAAUGCAUGGGGCAGCUUUUGGUCCAGGGGUUUUUGAGGGAGGGAUAUUAUUGUAGCAUACCCACUCACACGUCAAGUGUGCAGGAAAUCAGGCGCAUUUUAGUUAUCUGAG